GGGGUGGGUUUAGUAUGCUAAACAAAGAUGAGAAUAAUCUACGCAUCGGGAGCCAUGCCAUACUAAUGCUUAGUACUGACAUUUUGUCGUGCUGUUCAUUCGUCUUUUGCUUGGGCGCAAAAUAGCCAAGUCUGUCUUCCAUAAACUGAAUCAGUUUAUUGGCACUUAUAACUGGUUGUUUGCGUAUACUUGACAGAUCCUGAGGAUCAGAGAGGACGAUUGAAAUACUGAACGACGUUAUCGUAUUCUUCUGCUGAACAAGAACGAGCUGCGAAUAAGGAAUUUCAAAGUUUCAUCAUGAGAGCAGGAAGAAGGAUCAGGAAGGUGCCUGUGUUCUUGUUGGCUAUGAUGCUAACUUCGGUUUUCCAUGCCGGUCAUUCUGUAUGGUCUUUCAACAUCCCCCAUCAAGCAUACAUAAUUUCUUUGAUUCCUGGGAUCUGUCCAAACCUCAUUGGUCUUUCAGCUGAACAGAUCAAAAUUUGCUUUGAGAAGAGGGAGCAAAUCGUAAAUGUUGGAACUGGGGCCAAGAUGGCUAUUAAAGAAUGCCAAUUCCAAUUUCAAUACCGUCGCUGGAACUGCUCCAUGCCUGACAAAGACAAGGGCGCAUUCCUUGAGCGCAUCACCCGCCAAAGUACACGAGAAGCAGCACUCACAUAUGCUAUCUCAUCGGCUGGUGCAAUGUGGGCGUUAGCAAAGGCGUGUGCAGAAGGAAACCUCAGUACAGCGGUCUGCGGAUGUAGCAGUGAAGCACGACCUGCAGAUCUAGCAAAGGAAUUUAUGUGGGGUGGCUGUGGAGAUAAUUUGAUCUAUGCAGAAAAGUUUACCAAAAAGUUUACGGAUGCUGCUGAAGAAAGCAUGCCCUCUUCUGGGAAACGUGCGAAGGAUGCUAAAACCUUGGCGAAACUGCAUGCUAAAAUCUUGAUGAAUCUGCAUAAUAACAAAAUUGGUAGAAUGGUUGUCGUUGAAAAGUCUGUGAUUGAAUGCAAAUGCCAUGGCGUUUCUGGUUCUUGUAGUCUAAAGACGUGUUGGAGACAAGUUUCUGCUUUCCGCGAAGUUGGCAAUACUUUGCACGACAAAUACGACGCCGCGAUCCAUGUGGAACUCGGAAGAGAACUCGGAAGAAAACUCCUUUUACCAAAGAGAAAAAGAAGAGCAUAUAAAAGGCAGCUUCCUUCUACUAAGUCUGAGCUAGUGUUCUUAGAAUCCUCGCCGAAUUUUUGCUUUCGGGAUCCAAAGCAUGGCACCCUCGGGACUCGCGGAAGGAAGUGUAUUAAAGAUGCGCCAGGUACAGAAGGCUGCAAGCUCCUUUGCUGUGACAAAGGAUACAAUACCAGAAUUGAUCUUGAAGAGAAACGCUGCAAGUGCAAGUUUUAUUGGUGUUGCCAAGUACGAUGUAAAGUUUGCAAGGCAAAUGUUACGGUUCAUACAUGUAACUGAUGCAAAGAUGAUGCAAGUCGGUUCAUCCAGUUGCAUUCAUUUUGUUCCACUGCAAAAAUCAUCACCAUUUCUCAAGAUACUGGAAGUGACCAUAUUGACUUUAAWAGCAAUUAUUGUAAUCUCUUUCGGACAUUUUUAUUUGAUGAACUUUAGACAGUUGGGCGUGUAAAGUGUAGUGUUAUUUGCUACACCAGAUAGAUAUUUAUGACGUUAUUGUGUGGAAAUGUUUUUGUCUGACUCGGACAGCAUGCAUUGUGCCUGUCAGUCAUUCAAGUCCAACCAUAGUUCAACCGUCCUCUGCUUCGUGAGUGCAUGAGCAUGCACUUACCUGCCCUCAGUCAUACUGACACGGUAGAUAUGAGCAAAAUGAAUGGGGCUGCCAUAUAAUUGCACCUUCAUGGUUCACGGUACUAUAGAAUCCCUUGACCCAACAAGCCUAUUCGUUUUGUUGUGUUCAAACUGAAAUUGAGAUUCAUGUUGAGUCUUUUUGACUAUUUUAAAACGGUAGGAUGAGAAAUGCAGUCAAAAUAACCCAUGUCUUCUCCUUUUUUGAAUCGAGAGGUUUUCCCUUUUUCUAUAGUUGUUACGAAUCAAGAGAGAUCAGGAAAGUGAAGACAACUGUGAACCAUAAGUCCUUGUGCAAAAAGACAUUCAUUUAUCAUUUUUGCCGCUCACCGCAUUUAUUUUAGGAAUAUAAGAUGCGCGCGUCUCUGUCUUGUGAUAUAAACACGCCGCCUGGGAGCUGCAGAGCACGAGAGAAGCAAGCUUAGGAACAUGAGGCGUAGCCGAGUGUUUCAUUUCUUUUCGAGUGCUCUACAGCUCCCAGAGUGUUUACAUGACAGUACAUAGAUAUAAGCAGGUGUUUUAUGUUGCUUUUAUAGAAUAAUUUUAAACGAUUUUUCUCUGUCCUCCGGCAUAAACACGGUAGCCAGCCUAUCCAUCAUCGCGCGCGUCAUAUUUCAAUAUUUUAUAAAUAGUUAUAUUAAAAAAAUCCACGUAAAAAUACAGUGAAAUAAUCGACACAAUGGCUGUGUAAAACCGAGUCUCAGGGGGCUAUUAUAUCACUAGUUUUAGUACUUUAACUUUCUUCCUCAACGUUUUUACUGGUUAAAAUCUUUUGUGAAUUUCUUAUCUGGACAAACACAAACAAAUAGUUUGUGUCUAUUCAAAUUCUUUCUUUUUUAUUCAAUUUUAUUCCGUCUCGUGUCUAAAGAUGUCAUCACCGUAUUGUAAAUACCAGUAUUUUGAAAAUAAAAUAAAUUAUGUAGGUUCGAUACAAU